AUGAUGCGCCGUCUACAGAUAUCGCUUCUGGCGGCCUUGCCGCUGUGCAGGGCCAAGUCGCCUUCGUUUAGCAUUCACGAGGACUUACAGGCCUUUCCGCAGUUUGAGGUCGUCUUCUCGGACCACUACAUUUCGGAAAAGGAUGCGCAGUCGCUGCUGGAGUACAACAUCGAGCAUCCCACGUUCUCGGCCGAUUCGUCGCAGCCAACAAUCAGCGAUGCCGGCGGCAGCGCCACAGCCAAGGAUGGUCACGAUGGACGCUACGCCGCUACCCAAAGCGAGUCGCCUCUCACGUACGAAGUGAUGAACAUGCCGCCCCAUCGAUACCUCUGCGCCAUCCCAGUCAUCGAGCCCCCGUCACCGGAGAACCAGACCGCAACCGAGCUGGCCAAGGCGGAGGAGGCACGCGAGCUGGGCCGAGCUGCUGCUAGCGGCUGGAAUCUGCUCAGCCAGCUCGAGGACACUUGUCUCUACUUCAUGUCGGGCUGGUGGAGCUACAGGUUCUGCAACAAUCGCGAGAUUGUGCAAUUCCAUGCCCUGCCCUCGACACCCAUGGGGAAACCGCCUCAGCGCGAUCCCCAUGCCGCCGAAUACGUCUUGGGCCAGGCAUCUCUCCCCGAAACAUCGGAGACGCACUCGACGUCUUCUAGCUCUGCCGCUGAUGACGAGAAGCCACCGGCCGAAUUACAAGUAAAGGGCGAUCAACGAUAUCUGGUGCAGAGGCUUGAGGGGGGGACUAUAUGCGAUUUGACGGGGAGGGCGCGAACCAUUGAGGUGCAGUAUCACUGCGUUCCGGGAAUGCAGAAUGAUCGCAUCGGAUGGAUCAAGGAGGUCACGAUUUGCGCAUAUGUCAUGGUGGUCAACACGCCGAGACUGUGUGACGAUGUGGCCUUUUUGCCGCCCGAGGAGAAUAAGGCGAAUCCAAUCACUUGUCGGCUUAUUACCGAUGAUGAGAAGCAAGCUCCUCCGCUGAUUGAUCAGCAUCCAACAAAGUUUCCCAAGCUGAAUGAGCCGAUUGCGCAGGAAGAGGAAGAAUGGGAUGAGUUGCAGCAGCAUACCGUCAGUGAUGAGGCUGCUACUACUACUACUCCAGUUACUGUUGGUGGCGUGCUCGUUGGCGGACGGAAAUCACUCUCUGCUGGUGAUCAAGACGGCCAGCCACCAAUCGUACUGACGCCGCCUCGGAGCUACAUGAACACCCAGCAAGCUACGGAGCAGCUGAUCAAGGUGCUCGUCCAGGCGGCCAGCAAGGAAGACGGCGGGAAAGUCGACCGCCUUAGCAAGGAGGAGCUUGAGAAGCUGAACAUUAAGCCGGACAUGGUGGAGGAGAUGGAGGAGGAGAUGAGGCGGCUUGCGGGCGAUGCGGGCUGGCAGCUGGAGAUUGUGGGCGGGGUUGAUGAUGAUGAGAGGCAGCUGAGGGGGUGGUUGCAUGAGGAUGGUGAGGAUGAUGACGGUGCGGAUGAGGGAAAGGGGAAGAAGGGUGGUGAUAAGGGAGAGGAGAAGAAGAAGGGUUUGGGGGGGAAGAAGGGGAAGGGUACAGACAGUGGUAAGCGGAAGAAGAAGGGGCAGGAUGAAGAAGGGAGCGAGGAGCAGUUUUUCAAGGAGGAGCUGUGA